CUCCCCAAGAACGUCUAUCUCUAAUACUCCCUUUUAUCGACGAUUUCGACAUAAACCAAUAAGAUUCUGUCUUUCUUCUUUGAUUCAUUUGCGCUUCUUCCUCCGUGAUGUUGGUGUCUAGGGUCUUAUCGAGAGUUUCUCGCUCCGUGGGCUUACGCUCAUCUCUCUCCGCAGUCGCUACUCCGACGAGGAAUCAGAUUAUUCCGAUUGUUUCCGGCCGAUUUCACUCCCUUGUCCACGAAACUCCCAACAAGCUUGUUGCAGCUCCAGUGUCGCUUCUAAACCAUGCGACUCCAGAUUUGAAUGUCCUUCAAAGGUUCAGCUUUUUUUCCUCUUCCUCAGCUGAAUCGAAGGAAAAUGAGAGUAACACCGAGGUUCCAAAGACCAACGAAGCUUCUGAGGAUAAGGAGGCUGGAAAAGCUACAGGUGAGGCAAAAGAAUCAGAUUCAGAGACUGAUUUUGAGGAUUUGUCAAGGGAAGAUUUGGUGAAGCUUGUGGCUGAGAAGGAAGAUCUCGUGAAGGUUCAGCAGGAAGACAUAAAGGAAAUGAAAGAUAAAGUUCUUCGAACUUAUGCAGAGAUGGAAAAUCUAAUGGACAGGACAAAACGUAAUGCUGAAAACGCCAAAAAGUUCGCCAUACAGAACUUUGCAACAAGUCUUUUGGAUGUGGCGGAUAAUCUGGGAAGAGCUUCUUCGGUUGUCAAAGAGAGUUUUUCGAAGAUUGACACUUCAAAAGAUUCUGCUGGUGCUGCUCCACUGUUAAAAACCCUUUUAGAAGGAGUGGAGAUGACUGAGAAACAAUUAGCUGAGGUAUUUAAGAAAUCUGGUUUGGUAAAAGAAGAUCCUUUGAAUGAACCGUUUGAUCCAAACAGACAUAACGCAGUGUUCCAAGUCCCAGAUGCUUCAAAGCCAGAAGGCACAAUUGCUCAUGUCCUAAAGUCUGGAUACACGUUGUUUGAUCGAGUUAUAAGACCAGCUGAGGUUGGUGUUACUUGCGCUGUGGAGAAUCAAGAGGGCGAGAAAGAGUCUGAAGCUUGAGAAACUCAAACUACGAUAGUUGAAAAACCUUUGUUUUGACAUCUUCCUGAGUUUGUUUUAGUUAAUAGAUCAUAUUUGCAUAUUCAUUGGAUGAACAAGAUCUCAUAAAGUAGCUUGACAUUGCUGCACUUCCAGGGAAGACCUGGUUCUGUAACUUUUUUCUCUCAAAAUUUUCAUGAAGUUAUAAAA